AAUCUUGAUUUCCUUUUAGAUAUUCUUUACCCAACCAAAGAAACUACGAGAAAACACAAUAUACAGAAGAAAAUACAAUUAACAAGUAUACUUGUCUUCUAUCGAUCAAUAUACUGUAACCUGUUUCCAUAGAGUCACAAUUCAAUCAUUUCUGCACCAAAACCCAUUUUCAGAGGAUUGGUUUAAACGUACAAUUCAAUCUUCCUCUUUAUUCUCCCUCCAAUUUCAAAACCUAAAUCUCCUCUUUUGCCUCUGCUUUAUAAUUUUAUUUUAUGUUAUUAUUUUAUUUUUAUUUUUUUCAAUUAACACCUUUCUGAAAUAAAUCAGAUUUGUAGAUUGAUAGGAGAUGAAAAUAAUUCCAGACUUUUAGAAUUCUUCUGAGUUUUAUAGGUUUUGGAGUUUUUUGAUUUUGGGUAUUCCAUAUAAGGGGAAAAAGGAUGAAUAGCGGGCAAAAGAAGAGGAAUUUUCAGAUAGAGGCUUUCAAGCAUAAAGUGGUAGUGGAUCCGAAGUAUGCUGAUAAAACAUGGAAGAUCCUGGAACACGCAAUUCAUGAGAUUUACAAUCAAAACGCCAGUGGCCUUAGCUUCGAAGAGCUCUACAGGUUUUUUGUUGUACUCCAAACAAUUAGAGAUGUAAUGAUGUCUCACAUUAGAGAGACUGGCAAACAACUUGUUACCGAUCCUGAGAAAUCGAAGAAUCCUGUGGAGUUUGUUGACUGCCUCCUUGCUGAAAGGGAUAAGUAUGACAAGAUCAUAAUCUCAGCCUUCAACAAUGACAAGACCUUCCAGAAUGCCUUGAACUCUUCUUUUGAAUAUUUCAUUAAUUUGAAUCCUCGUUCUCCUGAGUACAUAUCAUUAUUUGUAGAUGAUAAACUGUGCAAAGGUCUGAAGGGAGUGAAAGAGGAGGACAUUGAGAUUAUUCUUGACAAGGUGAUGAUGUUGUUCCGUUACCUUCAGGAGAAAGACGUUUUUGAGAAAUACUAUAAACAACAUUUGGCCAAGCGACUCCUGUCUGGAAAAACAGUAUCUGAUGAUGCCGAGAGAAGUCUGAUUGUUAAACUGAAGACUGAAUGUGGGUAUCAGUUUACUUCCAAAUUAGAGGGCAUGUUUACGGACAUGAAGACUUCUCAGGACACUAUGCAAGGCUUCAAUGCAGCCUAUGGUCCCGAGCUAGGAAAUGGUCCUACGCUGGUAGUUCAGGUUCUGACAACAGGGUCUUGGCCCACUCAACCUAGCGUUACUUGCAACCUUCCAGCCGAAAUGUCAGCUCUUUGUGAGAAGUUCCGAUCAUAUUACCUUGGGACCCACACGGGUCGAAGAUUGUCCUGGCAAACAAAUAUGGGCACAGCCGACUUAAGAGCAACAUUUGGGAACGGCCAGAAGUAUGAGUUGAAUCUUUCGACACAUCAAAUGUGUGUCCUAUUGCUGUUUAACAAUGCUGAUUCUCUUACCUAUAAAGAGAUUGAGCAGGCCACAGAGAUUCCUUCUGCGGAUUUAAAAAGGUGUCUUCAGUCCUUAGCCUGUGUUAAAGGGAAAAAUGUCCUUCGUAAAGAACCCAUGAGCAAAGAUAUUGGAGAAGAAGAUGCAUUUUCUGUCAACGACAAAUUCACUAGCAAACUUCGUAAGGUGAAGAUAGGAACCGUAGUUGCACAAAAAGAAUCUGAACCUGAAAAGCAAGAGACGAGGCAGAGGGUGGAAGAGGACAGGAAGCCCCAGAUCGAGGCUGCAAUCGUAAGAAUUAUGAAAUCUAGGAGGGUACUGGAUCAUAACAAUAUCAUUGCUGAGGUUACGAAGCAAUUGCAAUCUCGUUUUCUUGCCAACCCUGCAGAAAUUAAAAAACGUAUCGAGUCUCUUAUCGAGCGAGAUUUCUUGGAGAGGGAUAAUGCCGAUAGACGAUUGUAUCGUUAUCUUGCCUGAAGAAAUAAUUCAGGGCAUACUUGUUUCUAGACCUUGGUUUUCAUUUCUCCUCAGCUUAUUUUCUUAUCAAUUGAAAUUUCCAUCCAUUUCUUCUCUACACUGUUGUUUGAUUGACACACACAAACCAGGUCAGGUCAUUUGCUUAUUGGAAUGUGUGUUAACAUUCUA